CUUUUUCUGUCGCCCUCGCAUUAGUUCUGUCUCUGUCUCCUGUGUUGACCAGUUACUGACAGCUCCCCUCUCAUCUUCUUAGUGCAGUCUAAACUGUUCACACAAGCGCUGCACUGGACUAAAAGACUUUGUGGUUUGGUCCCAUAUUGAACGGGAGGAAACCUGCUUUUCUAAGGAUCAUUUUCCCAAGGACUUGGGAACAAGUGUCUGGCCUCACCUUGGAAUAUAUUCUUUGUACUGGACCGAGUCUACUGGAUCCAUUAUAAUUGGUGUCCAAUUCUUACUGUAGCAAUCAGCAAGUGUGUGACAGCUGAGUGAGGUUGUAAGGUUGUGUGUGCUGGGACAAAUAGGCAAAGAGCUGCAGUGCUGGUCUCCUGCAGUGAUUGCAGGUUGAUUCCUCAUUAGUUGGCCCUGUUUUGGCUGUGAACAUGGCAUCGUUGAGAAGUUUGAUUCUUGCAGUGCUGCUGGCACUGCUCUGCUCCUUCCACACCCCGCUGGCUCCCUUUGCCAAGGCGCAGGACCUGCCAUUCCGUUCUGAGCAAGGUCUGGUGGCUGACGAUGAUGACGAUGACGAUGAUGAUGACGAUGAUGAUGAUGACGAUGAUGAUGAUGACGAUGACGACGAUGAAGACGAUGAUGAUGACGACGACGACGAUGAUGAUGAUGAUGACGACGACGAUGAUGAUGAUGAUGAUGACGACGAUGAUGACGAUGAUGAUGAUGAUGACGACGAUGAUGAUGAUGACGACGACGAUGAUGACGACGACGACGACGAUGAUGAUGAUGACGAUGAUGACGACGAUGAUGACGACGAUGAUGAUGACGAUGACGAUGACGACGACGAUGAUGAUGAUGACGAUGAUGAUGACGAUGAUGAUGACGACGAUGAUCAUGAAGAUGACGAUGAAGACGAUGAUGACGACGAUGAUGAUGAUGAUGACGAUGACGACGACGAUGACGACGACGAUGACGACGACGAUGAGGAGGGUGCUUAUCACAAGGGCUCUCUGUGCUCAUAUUGUGAAUUCUGUGAGCAUUGCGACAACUGUGACAAAUGUCCUUGUGAAGAGGGAGACAAGUCUGAACACUGUGAUGACUGCAAGAUGUGCAAUUUCUGCCAUGGGUGUCCUGUUUGCCAAACACUUUGCAAGCCUGGAGGUUUUCUUGAUGAAGUGACUGGAUCCAUCUACAAAACUGUAGCUGAUGUCUUUGAUGAUGGAGAUGAUGACAACUGAAUCCAAUCAAAUGUUGCCACCAUGUGGCCAAACUAUUAUGUUUCAACUUCACUUCUGAUUUUCAUUGUUAUUUUUCUCUUUUUUCUUGAGAACAUUAACGUUGUCAAACCAAUGACUGAAUAAGACAUUCUUAAAGAAAACAUGAUUAUA